CGCGAUGACGUCACCGAGGUCAUGUGAUUGGGCCAGACCGGAGCCAUCGGGGCAGCCAGGAACCUGGCAGAGAGCAGGGAGGAGGCGGCGGAGUGAAAGGAGAAGAGGCGGCCGGGCGGAGACCGCUCCCUGAUAUGAUUGUGACUGCUCGCUGGCCGUGAGUGCCCUCCGCUAUAACCUGUCCCCAUAGCAGCGCUGUGAGCCGGGCUCCGGGGAGGGAGGAGGCCGAGGAGACCUGGCUGCGUGUUAUGUUUUUAUUUACAUGGCGCCAACACAGUGCGCAGAGCCCGGCCGGCGAAACCCUCCGAGUAAUGGGAGAUAUCCUGACUGGCUCUCACUGAGGGAGGCCGCUCUCAUUACCCCCUAUUACCGCCCAUAGGUUCUCAUUAACCCCCAUUACCGCCCAUAGGCUCUCAUUAACCCACAUUACCGCCCAUAGGCUCUCAUUAUCCCCCCAUUACCGCCCAUAAACUCCCAUUACCGCCCAUAGGCUCUCAUUAACCCACAUUACCGCCCAUAGGCUCUCAUUGCCGCCCAUAGGCUCUCAUUGCCGCCCAUAGGCUCUCAUUAUCCCCCCAUUACCGCCCAUAGACUCCCAUUACCGCCCAUAGGCUCUCAUUAUCCCCCAUUACCGCCCAUAGGCUCUCAUUGCCGCCCAUAGGCUCUCAUUGCCGCCCAUAGGCUCUCAUUAUCCCCCCAUUACCGCCCAUAGACUCCCAUUACCGCCCAUAGGCUCUCAUUAUCCCCCAUUACCGCCCAUAGGCUCUCAUUAACCCCCGUUACCGCCCAUAGGCUCUCAUUAACCCCCAUUACCGCCCAUAGGCUCUCAUUAACCCACAUUACCGCCCGUAGGCUCUCAUUACCGCCCGUAGGCUCUCAUUACCGCCCGUAGGCUCUCAUUACCGCCCGUAGGCUCUCAUUACCGCCCGUAGGCUCUCAUUACCGCCCGUAGGCUCUCAUUAUCCCCCAUUACCGCCCAUAGACUCCCAUUACCGCCCAUGGGCUCCCAUUACCGCCCAUGGGCUCUCAUUACCGCCCAUGGGCUCUCAUUAUCCCCCAUUACCGCCCAUGGGCUCUCAUUAUCCCCCAUUACCGCCCAUGGGCUCUCAUUAUCCCCCAUUACCGCCCAUGGGCUCUCAUUAUCCCCCAUUACCGCCCAUGGGCUCUCAUUAUCCCCCAUUACCGCCCAUGGGCUCUCAUUAUCCCCCAUUACCGCCCAUGGGCUCUCAUUACCCCCCAUUACCGCCCAUGGGCUCUCAUUAUCCCCCAUUACCGCCCAUGGGCUCUCAUUAUCCCCCAUUACCGCCCAUGGGCUCUCAUUAUCCCCCAUUACCGCCCAUGGGCUCUCAUUAUCCCCCAUUACCGCCCAUGGGCUCUCCCAUUACCGCCCAUGGGCUCUCCCAUUACCGCCCAUGGGCUCUUCAUUGGUUGGGGUUAGCUAGGAGAUGGCCCUGGGGUGCACAGAGAUUCCCAGUGAGAUGCCAAUAGAGCUCCCACCCCAAAAUAGCAUGGCAGCCACAGACCCAUAGAAUCAGGGAGAUCAGAUGGUUUAAUUCACUAAACCUGGGAAGUAUGGGAAAUUGGAAAUUAUAGGCCAGAACAGCCAGUUAAACAAAAUUAAAAUAUCCAGCUAAGCAAUAUUGUAUUUAGAGUAGGAGUAGUUACCAGGGUUCAAGAAGAAAAGGCCGUAUGCCCUAAUCUUAACAUAAGAUUAGAUCAACAGACUUAAGUCUGGAAGAAAUACUGUGUGUGUACAUACAAUGGCUCUGAACCUCCCCCCCUCUCCCGGAUCCAAAUAAUAUACAUGGCAUUAGCUGACACAUUCCUCAAAUGUAAAAUGAUCUCAGUGACCAAUUUGUCAAGUACAAUAAAUAUCAAAGUGCAUUCUACAAAAACCUUUAUUAGACUCUUGCAGUUGCUCUCUGGGAGCAUAUGAAUAUGAAAUGCCUAUUGCCACCAUUGGGGAUAAACUGAAAAGGCAUGGAUGACCCAAUUUUGAAUGAAAGGGUUAUUGCAAUCAUUAUGACCACUUUGAUGAAUUGAAUAAUCUAAUGUCUGGAUGCAUAUUGAGUUUAACCCCUUGACUUCUUUAGGUGUAAUUAAUUACACCACCACCAGCAGCAUCAUGGGGCAUCAGCAGCCUGCCCACAACAAGAGUUCUGUUUGGCUAAUGUCAAUUAUGUGUAAUUUGGUUGAGAGUUGUCUGAAGACACUGCAAAGCUGUAAGCAAGUCACACACCAUGAAGCCUGGCUGGGUCCCACGUAAGAGGGCAAACCUCUACUGAAUGGUUUUCACCAUUAUGGGAAAGCAGACUGGCAUAUUCCUGGCAUCACAACCACUACAAUGGUCUGUAGUGGUUAUGAUGCUUGGAGUACGCUUUUAAUACAUAGUUUAAAGAUAAGUUACCCCAUGUCCACCAUUAGCAUUUUGCUGCAUGGACAACGGUCCAUCCCUCUGCAUGUGACUUGGAGUUUGUCUUUAAGCACUCCAAAGCCCCCCUUACAGAUUACAAAGGAUUCAGAUGUAGAUUUGUUUAUAAACUCUAUCAUAAUCUGUACAUUUGCCAAGUGUUAUGCAUUUGCAUUAUGUAGAUUAAACUAAAAAUCAAAUGAGCUCUGCUUGACAGCGUCACUUUAACCAAAAAAUGAAGCAAAUUAUAGUAAUACAAUAAGAAUGCAGAAAUAUUGGGUGUUGUAUGUCAAAAUACUUACGUUGUUACUAUGUUAGUAGAGAUUUGCUAGAAAACUCAUGCAAUAAAGCCCUUUGGACUUGUUUCCAGUAAUUUGCAGGUGAAAUAUUGGAAAUAUCACAUUUGUGUAAAUGUUGGCAGGGAUGACAAUACCGUGUUAAUUUUUAUGGCAUGGUAUAUAUUAUUUUUCUUUUAGAAAAUUACUUUUUAGGCCUUGUUACUUGUUUUUUACAUCAAGUUUGGUAUUUAGUGACAGCAUUCCUUCAUGUCAGAUUGUUGAUUUUUUUUUUUUUUUUCCUCAACCUGAGAGCCAGCUGGUUCUAGAAAGCAGUGUGCACACGUUAAGGUAUAUUUUGCUCCACAUGCUGCUGUAUUCAGCGGAGUUAUUUUAAAACGAGCAAGGCAUAUCCUAAUAGGAUUUGAUAAAUCCAUUGGGGCAUUCUAAAGAAGGUACAGUAGUUGGUCCCCCUUAUAGCCUUAUUUUCUCUAUAUUGUAAAUAUGUUUAAUAGUUUUCGAACACUUUUAAACCAAAGACUUCAUAUUCUUCCCUAAGCAUUUUGCCAACUCAAUAGAAUUUGGUGUGUUACAAAACAGUUGUCAUGGUUAUCCUGAGUGGGAUGUUAGUGGAUACAUACAUUGUCUUAUAUCAGUUGUGUAUAUAGUAAAAAUCUGCUGGUGUCUGUAUGUCAUAUUUAUUGAUCCAGUUUCAUAAUGUUGACCUACACUCUGAAGGCUGUAGCCCCAAAUGGUGUGUGGUUUAAAGGAAUUGUUUGUGAAAAAUGGCUUAACUGUUUUGUGUGUGUGUGUGUGUAUGUGUGUAUAUAUAUAUAUAUAUAUAUAUAUAUAUAUAUAUAUCUAUCUCUCUAUCUAUCUCUCAUUAAAAAAAAAAAGUUACUUCCCUUGAAAGUGAUCCUUGGUGAACUACUUUGAGAUUUUCGCACAGACUCACAAUCUGAUCCACAGGAUUUGAUCUUACCCAUACACUUUUCAGUAGAGGUUUAUAGGAAAAAUAGGUUAUUUCCCAGCAGUAUUUCCAAUCAUCACAAAACAUAAGUGGGAUUACAUAAGCAAACAAUAUCGGUCAUACUGUGGCUGCUAUCUGUUUACAUCUAGUCCAGUUAACUGUUUAGUUGACGGCUGUAUAUUGUCAUCUGCAGAUCUCGUCUAGGCCACGCAUGCUCAGUCCUCUUUCUUGUUGUGUGGUGUGCUCACGCUGCAUGUACCAUAUUAACAAAAUUUAUAGGAAAUGUGGAACAAAGUGAUCUUGGGUGCCUUAGUGAUCUUGGGUGCCUUAGUGACCAUAUUGGUAGGCUGUCUUAUAGCAACAAUAAAAAAAAAAUAGUAAAAUAUGGUUUAGUCUUAAAGGGAUAUUAUAGGCACACAGACCACUUCAGCUCAUUAAAGGACCACUAUAGGCACCCAGACCACUUCAGCUUAAUGAAGUGGUCUGGGUGCCAGGUCCAGCUAGGGUUAACCCAUUUUUUCAUAAACAUAGCAGUUUCAGAGAAACUGCUAUGUUUAUGAAUGGGUUAAGCCUUCCCCCUAAUCCUCUAGUGGCUGUCUCAUUGAGGCGCUUGGAUUAGGACCCCUGUGGCCAUGUGAUCGCUCAACAGGUGUCCAUGUGUCUUCCUGCAGGGGGACUGUCUGUGCUGACAGGCAGUCUCCCUGCUAGGGUAAAAAAAAAUAAAAAAAUAAAAUAAUAAUAAAGGUUAAUGUUUAGUUAAAAAAAAUUGUGUGUAUGUAUGUGUAUAUAUUUAAUACAAUGCUAAACAGAAAUCUGCACACCAGUCAAGCCAUAAGACCUGCUUUUCCGUGUGUGCAGAUUUCUGUUUAGCAUUGUAUUAACUAUCCACAUACUUCAGGUGGAAGGGGUUUUCAAUCACAAUUUUUCCCCACCAUAAUAUAUAUAUAUAUAUAUAUAUAUAUAUAUAUAUAUAUAUAUAAUCUAUCUAUCAUACUAAUACACUUAUAAUUAAAUUACACACGUGUGUAUAUAAUAUAUAUAUAUUGUGUAUAUAUAUAUUAUAAAAUACAAAUAAGUAAUUUAAAUUAAAUUAAAAAAAUGUAAAAAUAAUAAUUUUUAAAAAAAUUGAAAUUUUAUUCUAACUGUAUUUUGAUAUUAAUAUAUAUUUAUAUAAAAAUACACUUAGAAUGAAAUUGUAUGUGUGUGUGUGUAUAUAUAUAUAUAUAUAUAUAUAUAUAUAUAUAUAUAUGUGUGUGUGUAUAUAAAUAAAUAAAAAUAAUACGAAAUAUACAUGUCCAUAUACAAAAUUACAUAAAUAAUUAUAUAAAUAUACACGUAGACUUCAAAUAUAUAACUAUGCUUAUAUAUUUCAAUUCUACGUGCGUAUUUAUGUAAUAUUUUUACAUAAUUAAGUCAUUUUAUUGAUUGCAAUUUGAGGGACCUGCCUGCCAACCCGGGCCGGAAGUCCAGAGAAUUUAAUUUGCUAGCACUGUAUUUUACCUUGUAACAUUCUAUGACACCCUAAAACCUGUACAUGGGGGGUACUGUUUUUUCGGAAGACUUCGCUGAACACAAAUAUUAGUGAUUCAUAACUGGAAAACGUAUCACAGCGAUGAUAUUGUCAGUGAAAGUUACUUUUUUUGCAUUUUUCAAACAGCACUUUUACUGAUGAUAUAAUUGUUGUGAUACGUUUUCCAGUUUUGAAACACUAAUAUUUGUGUUCAGCAAAGUCUCCUGAGUAUAACAGUACCUCCCAUGUACAGGUUUUAUAGCAUUUUGAAAGUUACAGGGUCAAAUAUAUGGGUCAAAUAUUUUUACAUUGAAAAUGGCCAGGUUGGUUACGUUGCCUUUGAGAGCGUAUGGUAGCCCAGGAAUGAGAAUUACCCCCAUGAUGGCAUACCAUUUGCAAAAGAAGACAACCCAAGAUAUUGCAAAUCGGGUAAGUCCAGUCUUUUUUAGUAACCACUUGGUUACAAACACUGGCCAAAAUUAGAGUUCAAUUUAGUUUUUUACUUUUUUUCACACACACACAAACAAAUAUGAAUGCUAACUUUGGCCAGUGUUUGCGACUAAGUGGCUACUAAAAAAGUCUGGACAUACCCCAUAUUGAAUACCCUGGGUUGUCUAUUUUAAAAAAAAAUAUGUAUAUGUGGGGUGUUAUUCAGAGAUUUAUAGACCGAUAAGUGUUACAAUGUCACUAUUGAUAAAUUUUAAAAAUGUAUGUUUUGAAACCGCAAUAUCCUACUUGUACUUAUAGCCCCAUAACAUGCAAAAAAAGCAUGUAAACACUGGGUAUUUUUAAACUCAGGACAAAAUUUUGAAUCUAUUUAGCAGUUUUUUUUCAUUCGCUUUUGUAGAGGAGUAAAAGAUUUUUCAAGUAAAAGUCUAAAAACAUGUAUUUUUUUUUCAAUUUUUCAUAUUUUUUUUUUUUUUUUUUAAAUUUCAAUUAAAUUACAUGAAUAUAUAUAAAUAAUGCCAUGUAAAGAAAGCCCCUUUUGUCCUGAAAAAAACAAUAUAUAAUUUGUAUGGGAACAGUAAAUGAGAGAGCGGAAAAUUACAGCUAAACACAAACACCACAAAAGUGUAAAACAAUGCCUGGUCGCAAAUGUACAACAUCGCAAAAACAGUCCGGUCCUUAAGGGGUUAAAAAAAUAUUUGAUCAGGUCAGUGUUCCUUUAAACUUUGUAAUGCCAAUUAACAAGGAAUCUUUAUUACAAAUAUAUGUAGGGACACUAUAGGCACUAUAUACCCUGCAAUCUAAACAUUGCCGUUUCAGGGAAAAGGCAAUGUUUACAUUGCAGGGUGGAGACUUCCUCUAGUGCAGGCAUAGGCAACCUUCGGCAAUCCAGGUUUUUUGGACUUCACCUCACAUGAUGCUUUGCCAGCAUUAUGGAAGAUGUAGUCAACAACUUCUGGAGUGCCAUAGGUUGCCUACUGGUUGUCAUACUGGAUUGUCCUCUUACAGUACAGUUGCUUGUCAAACUACUAAAAUGACUUGACAUCUUACAGGUUUUACAUAAAAAAAAAAAAAAAAGUGCUCAUUCAAAGAAAAGUAGGAGGGAGGAGUCUGGUAACUACAGGCCAGUAAGCCUUACUUCAGUAGUGGGAAAAGUAAUGGAAACCAUGUUAAAAGAUAGGGUUGUUUAACAUCUAAAAUUACAUGAAUUUCAAGACUAGAGACAUGAUUUUAGUUCAGGAAGGUCAUGCCAAACUAAUCUUAUUCAUAUUUUCGAUUGGGCAACAAAAAUAAUAUAUCGGUGUGGUGCAGUAAACUUACCAAGAUUUCAAUAAGGCUUUUGACACUCUCAUAUAGAAGGCUUAUGAAUAUACUGCAAGCUUUGAGUUUGGAUUCCAAUGUUGUUGAAUGGGUUAGGCAAUGGCUGGGUGACCGGCAACGGAGGGUUGUAGUCCAUGGAGUAUAUUCAAAGCAUGGUCUUGUUACCAGUGGGGUACCACAGGGAUCUGUUAUUUUCAAUAUUUGUUAGUGAGAUUGUAUAUGGUCUUGAUGGUAUAUGGAGGGGGAAUAGAAACAAUUAAAUACAGGGAAUCAACACAGUAAAGGAGGAAGGAGAGUAUAGUUAAAAGAAGAAAAAUUACCACAACAAGCUGCCAUAGUGUUAAAUUAGAGGGGUAAAGGUUUAAAAAUAUCAGGAAGUAUUACUUUAUUGAGAGGGUAGUGGAUGCAUGGAAUAGCCUUCCAGCAGAAGUGGUAAAGGUUAACAGUGAGGGAGUUUAAGCAUGCAUGGGAUAGGCAUAAGGCUAUCCUGGACAUGUGAUAAGACCAGGGACUAAUGAAAGUAUGUAGAAAAUUGUUUCUAUGAUUUUUUUGUUUUGUUGUUGCAGAAUUUAGAUUCUUAUUCUAUUUCAUGAUAAAAGCAAUUUGUAAAAUCAGUGUUUGCAUGCAUAGCAUCAACAUAAUUGGUUUGUAUUGAAAUCAAUGCAAUCACUCAUGUGAGUACGGCAUAGACCAAAUUCUUUCUAUAGGAGAGCAUUGUAGUUUAGUCUGUACAUGUGUGCAGGUGAUUGCACAGGUAUGCUUAAAGGACCACUAUAGGCACCCAGAUCACUUCAGCUUAAUGAAGUGGUCUGGGUGUCAGGUCCAGCUAGGGUUAACCCUUUUUUUUUUUUUUUAUAAACAUAGCAGUUUCAGAGAAAUUAUGUUUAUAAAUGGGUUAAUCCAGCCUCCAGUGGCUCUCUUGACAGCCGCUAGAGGCACUUGCGUGCUUCUCACUGUGAAAAUCACAAUGAGAAGACGCCGGCGUCCAUAGGAAAGCAUUCAGCCGAAGAGGAGGAGAAGAGGGAGAGGAGGAGGAGGAGGAGGAGUAGAGCUCCCCGCCCGGCGCUGGAAAAAGAGGUAAGUUUAACCUCUUCCUCCCCCCAGAGCCCGGCGGGAGGGGGUCCCUGAGGGUGGGGGCAUGUAAUGAAAGUUGGCGGUUUUUGUUUUUGCUUUUUGCCAAAACAAAAUCUGACAUUUGCUAAAUAUUUGUUUGAAGGUCUGUGAAGCACGGCAUACAUUACGAUGACAAACAAUGGCUGGUGAAAUAUAUUCUUUAAGCAAACUUUUUUCCAUAUUUAAAAUGAAGUGUUGACUCAUGUAAUACAGUAAUGUUCCAUAAUGGAUAUUUUGUGUGCUGCUGAUAAAGGCUCUGUUAAGCUGUCUUUUGUUAUAAUCUUAGCCUGAAGGAAACAUGGGUAUCCAUUUUAAAGCCUCCUGUAUUGCCAGUCUGUAAAGUAAGUUCUGUUUUGUUUUUUUGGAAAGCUCAAGACUGGCACCCAAUUUCUGGCUUUGACUGAUGCACCCAACAAACCAGGCAAUGCUUCCAAAUAGUGUUGACUUGUUUUCACCACCAUUUUGUUUUGAAAAUCAUAUUUGUGAUUAUUUGUAAAAUGCAACACUUCAUUUUGUAAACAACAAAACAUGCAGGAGGAAGUAAAGCACAAAAAGUGUUUAUUUUUUAAUUUUUUUGUUUUCUUUUUAUUUCAUAAGCUGGAAACCUCCAUGUACUUACAGUCAUGAAGUUCCCUGGUACUCUUUUCAGAUUUCAUUAAAAAAAUAAUAAUCUGUUUUUAUUUUCUGCGGCAUUGAGAAAACACAUUCCUUGUUUGCUCACACGUGCACUGGUGCCGUCGUCAAAUUCCUCCCUUCUGGUUAAUGUAGUGGUGGUGAGUUCAAACAGCCUGUAAGUAACACAAGCUAAACUACAGUAUGUAACCCUAACAGGGUAAAUAUAGCUCUAGCUAGGCAAUUUGACAAACUUCCUUGGACUCAGUAAUCUAAAAGAGCCAGAUAAAAUUUCAAACGUUCAAGUUUAUGUUUUUUCUUGCAUUGUUACUAUUUAAUUGGUCGAGCUACACCAGUUGUUGUGUUCUGCGUAUGCAGAAUCCAGUGCUUUUCAGUCUUGGAUAAGAUGGAUACUUUUAAUUUACAUGUUCAAAGUGAAACCAAGCUCCAAUCAACUCAUCCCAGGACAACGAAUUUGUCUCAUGGUAAAAGAUUGGACUGAGUAGUUCUUCAUUUGGAAGCGUUGGAAUGGUGAAUUGCAGAGAUGUCACAUGAGCUCUGUGUUUGCAGUGCACAUCUAUGAGAAAUAAUGGAUUGGGCCAGAGAUUAUUAAAUUGUAACCCAAUCCAUUACUUUAAAAUUUCAAAUCUCCUAAUUGAUAUUACCUGUAAAGGUAAAACAAUUUGGAAUCUUUUAUUUUUUUUUAUUCCGUGUUUUUUUUUUUUUUUUUUUUUUGGACAAACAGGCUCAGUUUUUUAUACAAGUUUAGAGUGUCUUUUUUUUUUUUUUAAUAAUUACUAAAUGCUAACUAUUAACUAUUUUGGCCACAUCUGCGGAGUACCACAGUGGUUUCCUGAAUUUUUUGCUUUUACUGACAAGCCUAAUGCAAUAUUCUGUUGCCUUCAGCAGUGCAACUUUUAAAUAAUCCCAUUUAUCUUGCACUCCUUUUAAAUUGCUUCAGUCUGAUAAUGACUCCUAUACACAUAUUCUAAUUUUAGAAAAGUCUGUUUUUCUAAAGUCUAAAACUUUUUGUUUUUGUGUGGUGUGACUCAGUAGACACGCUAUGAAUUAUGUUUUGGUGUGUGUGUUAUAUUUGACCCCUUAAUUUCAUGCUGUUUUAUAGAUCCUUUGUAAUAGUUUCUAUAGUAAAUCUGAGAAAUGGGACAUAGCCAUAUUGCCUGUCUGUAAACAUCCCUGCUCUUAGUGUUCACAAAUAAUUUUGGUUCAUAUAUAUGUGUAUACACAUAUACAUAACAAAAAAAGUACAUGUUUAAUUCGAAAAUGUUUUACCAGGAAAAAUACUUUUUUUUUUUUUUCUUCAAAAGACAGCACUCUAAGCAACAUAACAUUUAUUUCUCUAUUGGUUAUACUGCCUAGGGUUUCCAGGAACCAGUGGUUUCAUUCUAUAUUGUUUAAGAAUGGUUUAAUUAAAAAAAAAAAAUAAAUAAUAAAUUUACUCUUUCCAGAGCCAAAGGAUUGAUCAGCAGAAUAUGUAUAUCAACGGAGCAUGUUGGUCCUAUAUAAAUGCUCAUAACAAUAAUGUGUGAACAUUUUAAUCUUUUUUUUUUAUAAAUUCUGUUGGUGUUUGUAAAUGACAAAAUUAAUAAUAGAUUUGAAGCUGUUGUAAUCUUAGUUUUCAUUACCUCCAAAGAAAACUACACAUGUUUUCUUGUGGGAUUUAAAAUUAUUACAUUUAUAAAGUUCCAUCAUAGUUUGCAGCGCUGUCCAUGGGUACAGUGGUACAAGUGGAAAAAAAACAAGUACAAUAUAACUUAGAGCCAAUGCAAAAUUUGACUGUCUAAUACAAGAGUAGUUGAGGGCCCUAUUUCCAUGGGAAUUUAUAAUAUAGAUUGUUUUGUGGGGGAGGGGGGCUGUAUCUACUAAACUAUAUAAUUAUUUUUUUAUUGCUGUGACAUGGAAUGGAGUGAGAAGUUGAAGUACUUUAGAGGUCUGGAUUGUUCCUUUAGCCUUUAAAAAUUAUAUGCGAUAUGAUUACAUUGCCAGAAAAUUGGCAUUUAAAUUUUUUACUACAACCAUUUGCUAUAUCCUUUUAGAAAAUUAUGAGCAUUAGCAAUUGUUGCACUAUCUACUUCCUUAUCACAUGGUUGACUAACCAUUGACUAAUAUAUGCAUAUGUUGUGUUUGGUGUGCAAAUUGAUUGCUUUUACUAGGAUUGACAUGCCAUCUUUUGCAGGCAUGUUAUCUAUAGCUACGUUUGCUGAUGCUGUCAUGUCGUAAAGGUUAUAUAAUUGUUUUUGCACAUUUUUUUUUUCACCUCUAUCCGUACAGCACAAAGUACAAUGUUCACAGUCUUUACUGAAAAGGAACUGGAGUUAAAAAAUAAAUAAAAAUGAGAGAUCUAUCUCAAUUUAUCAUAUAUUAUACAUACACUAUUUAUUUAUAUGUUCCAGCUGAUGAUUUAGCUAUUGACCAAAGAAAUUCAAUGUGAUUUUUAGUAUUUAUUUUUUUUAUUUUUUUCACAAGUCUACAGAAAAUAACUUUAACUACCUUUAAUGCAGCAAUACCCAGAAGGAAGUGAACAGUGUAAAAGAAAAAUAUUCCACAAGCAGACACCUAAUAUCACAUUUCGUGUUGAAGCAUGGAAAUAUUUCCAUUUAAUUGGUUGCAAUAAACCUCUUUCUGUUCAGCCCCUCCAGACCGGUAGACCCCUUGUCUGCCAACUAAAAAUUUUAAUUUACACUUUGUAAAUUUGUGGUCUAUGUAAAAAGUGUCCUGCAUGUACCUCUAAGCACCAUAAACUGUCCCAGGGUUAGACGAUCGUACUCCUGACCCCAUAACCCCUACAGUGGUGGCAGUGAGACCCCUCUGUCAUCAGCAUGCGACUCUCAAAGCAGGGACAUCUCAUGUUGGUGUAUGGGGAUUGUUUAGAUGCCAUAAACUUCUGUACAGUAAAGAAUUAUUGGGUAUGUAGUUUAUCCCCUGCCUGCAAUUCCAGUCAUCACCUUGGAUGAUUACAACAACAUUAUAAACUGAUACCAGACAUAUCUUGGUUACUAUCAGUUUAUAGAUAGCCCAGAUCACGAUUUGGUCAACCAGGGUGCAUUUUUGCAUCAGUUGAAGUCUGGACUGUGCAUGCACAGUCUGCAUGUCGGGUCUUUUCAGGGAGAGCAUGGUUUGGCACACACAACAUGGACAUAAUUGAUAUAAGGCACAUUCUCUGAUACUUUUCUGGGUGACCGACAGCCUUGGUAGACUGUCUUAUAGAGAUUUUUACAAAACCUGGGUCCAGAGAGAGCCCAUGACCCAGCUUUCGAUGUUCUUAUUGUUAUGGAAACACACAACCUGUGAAUGCCAUCCAAAUACAGAUUGAAUGGAUAUUGAAACUGUAGUAGAAUAAUUUCCCAAUUAGCCUUAUGGAUAGUCUGGGGACCCUCAGUUUGUAUUGAACUUGAAAACAGUGAGUUAUAGUGCUCGAUGGCAUUAGUGUGCUCUUUUAACUUUUUGGGGGGGUUUUUGGUGACAAAGCCGCUAAUUAAAUAAAUUGUAUGGUGACCCUUUCUACAAUUGUAAAAUUAGCUUAGUGACCCAAUCUUCAUGUGCAAGAUAAUUAAAAUCAGUGAUAUACAGGGUUAUUCACUAAAGUGAGAGUUUAACCCAUUAAGGACCAAACUUCUGGAAUAAAAGGGAAUCAUGACACGUCACACGUCCUUAAGGGGUUAAAGUUAAUUUGAAUUUAAGGCCAAAGUAGCCCCCCAAAAAACUCUUGGGGAACUGUAACAUUGGUAGCAUGUUGCAUGGACUAUAUUUUUAUUAUUUUUUAUUUUUUUUAUUAUUUUCCCAUGGAACCCUUUGACAUAAAGCGCUAACAAUGUGAAACCCCCCAAAAUUUUGGCGCCAUAGCGCAGAUGCUAAACAGUAUUACUUAGGAGCAGAUGUGCUUCUGUGUGUACAGUUGGUGUUUGUAUAUAAUGUUAGCGUUUUGAUACAGGGGUGUGUUUGUAUGUAAUAUUUGCAUUUGCUUGCAGGGGUGUGCUUGGAUGUAGUGUUGGCUUUUAAAUGUGGAUGUAGAUUUGUGUGUAGUAUUAGUGUUUGAGUGAUGGGUGUGUGUUGAGUGUUUGUAUAUAAAUUUGAAUCCAGGGGUUUUUGUAUGUAAUGAGUGUGUUUGCGUGUUGUGUUCGUGUUUGCUGGGAUGUAUGCACAUAUGAUUGCUGUACAUAUGCCACAUACGUACACAAACAAAUUAACACACGCACACACAUUCAUAUACACACAGACACGAUACAGACCUUGAUACACACUAGCACAUACACACACCAAUACACAUAUUAAUAGGUUUUAGGAUUUGUUUGAUGAUAUGGGACAGGUUUGGUGGUAUGUCACAUACGAAGCUUGACAGAAUUUGCAACAGGACUAUAAAAAGUAUACUGUCAAAUGAAAGUUCAAAUUCUAGUUUAAUAACAUAUGGAGAUAUAUAUAUUUAUAUUUUAUUAUUUUUUUCUCCAGAAAAAGCCAGCACUCCUGAGCAUUUGUUAUAAAACCCAUCCUUUUAUUAGUAUUCAAAGUAUUACAUUUAAAAAAUCCUAUGUUGUCCUGUGGAAAGUUCUUAAAUAGAACUGAAAUGUUGACUCCUUUGAUUUUGUUUUGUAUAAACAUAUAUAUGAGGCAUCAUAAUUUCUUAAAGAGGAACUGUCAUAAUUUUGCAUAACCUAACUUUUUUUUUUCGUAUUGACAUUUUUUUUUCCAACAAGGAGAGUCCAUAAUCUAACUAAAAAAAGGAACAAAUCUACUAUAAAUACAUUUAUUUUUAAUGUUCAAAUGUUCCUUUAACCUUCCUGUGGGGACUGUACUGUUAAUGUGUUCUUGAGCUUCUGGAACAACUAAUAUGUAAAUUCUUAUUGCAAACAAAAAAAGUAAAAAAUCAUAGUUGGUGGCAAGCAAAGCUGUGGUUAAUGCAUUUAUAUAUAAUGCUGUAUAUUUCCUUUUUAUGCAUUAUUUUUAGCCCUGGGAAAUAAUUUCAUGUAAAUGCUUAAGCACCAUUUGCAAAAAUAGUUAUGAAGUGAUAUUUUACAUUGUUUAAAGGGAAGCAGGGGUUGGGUUAGGAAUUAUUCAAGGAGCAAGCAAAACCUCAAAUAUUGUAUGUAGUGUUCUAACUUUCAAUCUCAAGGUUAUGUCACCCUUCACAACUUAAGGUGUGUCCCAGUUUUUCAGCUUGACUGAAAAACGUCUUUCAAGAAUUACUCUGGAAAAUUAAACCGUGUAACUAAAGGUCAGGAUUUACUAAAACUCUGAUGUAUGCAUCUAUAUCUGCUGUACAAAACAUUAUAUGUGCAGAAACACAAACCCCACAAUGUAAUGGAACACAAGUAUACUUAAAAGAACACAGAAACACAAAAAAAGUAAAAUUAUUUAUUUUGUUGUUGAUGUUCCUCAUAUUUGGUCUCCCCAUUUUGUUUCGGUUCAGUACCUGUCAUACAGAAGCACUGUGGACCUACGCUGUGCAGCAAACACGCCACUUAUGUUUUGUAUAGAAAAGCAGGGCUUGACAAAUUUCUUUUGCAUCUAGGAGCCAGCUAAAAAGUUAGGAGCUAGUUUUAAAAAAAAAAAAGGAACUCUAAUCACCAGAACCACUACAGCUUAAUGAAGUGAUUCUGGUGUCUAUAGCAUGUUCCUAUAGGCUUUUUAUAGAAAAGACAGUAUUUACAUUGCUGCCUAGUAACACUUCUAAUGGCAGUAACUCAGUAACAAAAGUGCAAUUCUUAAAGGGAUCCUAUACUCACCAGAACCACUUUAGCAUAAUGUAGUUGUUCUGGUGUCUAUAUCCUGUCCCUGUAGGAUUUUAAAUAUAAGUACGGCCUUUUCAGAGAAAAAGCUAAAUUUACAUUGCUGUCUAGUGACAGUCACUCAGACGCCCACUGUAGGUGAUUCCUAGUCCAGUGCUGCAUCAACUACAUUGUGUCUCCAUGCUCUGCAGAGAAGCACUGAAUGUUCCCCCAUAGAGAUGCAUUAAUUCAAUGCAUCUUUAUGAGGAGAUGCUGAUUGGCGCAGCAUGUUAUUUUGCAGUCCACGUGCAAUGUUAUACCAAUGCUUUCCUAUGGGAAAGCAUUGGCAUAGCUGAGAUCAUAAGCCACGGUGAGACCGGCACAGUAUGGGGGGAAAAAAGUGAGUAAAAACACCUAUCCCAUGUAAUCGGAGGGGGACUGGUUACCUAAACAGACGCAUGCACGCAUAUUAUCUCAUACAAUCACAAAUUAUAGUAUUUUUCAUUUGAGUCCACCCAGCCUCACUGCUCCUACGCCGCCUCAAAUACUACCCUGGGCGGCUGCCUCCAAUGCUCUCUAGGCUGGCUGCCUCUGCUGAAGGGCUGACAUACACAUACACUAUGGCGAUUAGAAACUUUAUCCUGGCGCCUGGAAUAUGUUGAGCCCUGUAGAAAAGCAUUAAACCCAAUGCUUUUUUAUGAGAAGCAUUCUCACAGGAUUAUUUACUAAAGUUUGAAUUCAAGAUGAAUUUCAGAUUUAAGGCCAGGAUAGCUGGAAGCAAAGAUGACUUAGAGAUUUUUUUUUUUCCCCAGAUUGGCUAUUUUGAUCUUAAAUUUGAAAUUCAAGUCUUAAUGGCGGUCAGUGUGAUAGUGACAUGUUUAUGCCCACAUAUCAACCUUUCAUUGUUCAAGGACAAUAAAAUGAGUAACAUUAAGCUGGAUAAUAGCCUCUAAAUCCAAGGGCAUACUUAAAAACUGGUGAAACCUAAACAUACUUUUCCUAAUUACAUUUAUUAAUGUCUUCCUUCAAAGAGUUUGUGCAUAUUCUGCCUGCAUGUCUUCAUUGUAUAUGGUCAACAGUUUUAAUUAUGCUUACAAUUAUACCUUUCAUUUUUGAUCUGUAGAUUACCAAAAGGAUAGAAGAGACCUGUUCCACACAUUUUAAUUACUGGUCCAGUUUUCUGCACAAGCAAAAGACUCUGUCACAAAAACUUAAGCAUGGCUAGCCGAGGAGGAGCCACCAGACCCAAUGGACCAAAUGCUGGGAAUAAAAUCUGUCAGUUCAAGCUUGUCCUUCUAGGAGAGUCGGCUGUGGGAAAGUCCAGUCUAGUACUACGCUUCGUAAAGGGACAGUUUCAUGAAUUCCAAGAGAGCACAAUCGGAGGUUAGACAAGUCUUUUUGUUUUGUGCUGCUGGUUAACUUCCUAUUGUUAUAUUGCAUGGAAGCCAUGAUGUCUAAUUUAUGUUGUAUCUCCGGGUAUUGUAAAGAUGUAAAGACUUUAUGCCGGGUUACACAUUCUACUGCUCAUUUAGAAAUGGUGACUUUUUACAGCAAUGGGAUACCUACUAAAUUCAUAACGGUAAUGCUUUCUUUAAUGCAGCAUAUAUAAAAAGCAUUAGUGGGUUACUUCAAGCACCAUGACCACUUCAGUGAUUUGAAGUGCUCAUGUUGCUUGGAGUCUGUACGUGCAAUGCAGUAAGAAACGCUGCACAUACCCCAAUAUGUAAGCUACCUGCUGGAGGUGCAACUCCGCCUACGGCUGCAUUUUUAGUUCGUCAUUCUUUGCAUAUUCCUUGCACAGAGGGUCAUUCAUUAGGUAAGCAUGCUCAACUGAUGCUCUCAGCCAAUUAAUGACCAGCGGGAUCAGCAAAAUGGUUUACCCCAUUAAUGGGAAAUGGCACCAGGGUACCCAUGGUAUCAUAACCACUGCAGGGAUUAUCAUGCUUUGAUAAUCCUUUAGAAUAAAGUUUUGAGCAGGAUCUUAGCUGUUCCUAGAAAUGCACUUUACUGGACAUAGAUCCACGUGGAAUCUGCUGAUGCCACUCUCCCAACUUUCUCUUAUCACAACUUUGACUACUACUGCUUAUGUUAAAUUUCCAUUGUCCAGCUGAACUACAACAACUAAAAAUCUUGUCAAGUUAUGACCUUUAAAACGCUUGAUUGGCACGUUAAAUAUUUUCAAUGAGGCUUUUGUUUUCUUUGGGAGAGGAGGAAAAUUAACUUAUCACAAAGUGUUUUUUUUUGUUUGUUUUUUUUCUCUUGUAUACUAACCUACCUUCUUUCUUUUAUAAACAAAUGGAAACAAUGAAUGUGACAGAAAUCAAAAUAGAAUUUAGACAUUUAUAGGGUUGUCAAAAAGAUUACCUUUUGGUCCUGCUCUAUCUCUAUAAGGAUUAUAACCAGUAACAGAUGGAAAAUGAUAGAUUGUCAAUAUUCUGCACAGCUCUGGAUUGUAAAGCACCUGCAUUUAAUCUUUGCAAUGUUUCACCAGGUGUCAGUCCUGCAGAAUAAAAUAAUUUUUACUUAUAGGCAUUCUGUAUAACACUUAUCAUAGAAAUGAUUCUGGGAAAGGGGGUGAUGCUGUUUUUCUCUGGUGUUUUCUUGCUUUGUUCACUGUAAAGUGUUCUUAAACCUAUAACCAGGUAUUUUAAUGGUAAACUACAGUAUCCAUAAAACUAGCAUUCAUGUUCCUAUAUGAAGUUGGUAGAGCUCCUUCCAUUUGACCAAUUUUAAACAUUUUCCUCGAUGUUGAUUUAUAUUGGUAAAAUUGGAGGCUGGUUGGUAAACCUUUCUUAUCUCUAAAAUGUAGCAAAAUUAUGCCCCCACUUCGUUAUAUAUAUGAUGUGAGCAUUCAUAAAGGUAAUAUAUGUGAAUUCAAAUAGCAAAACCAUGUAUACUCCAUCCACUCUGGUCGGUGCUAAAGCUUUUGAAUUGAUAAUCAGUGCACAAGAAUUGCUGAAUGGUGGGGCGUUUUUUCAGUGUUGUGUGUUAAGCAUGUUUAUUAAUAAUCUCAGUGUCUAAGUAAAACAAUUGUCCACAAUUGCUGAAACACUUAAUUUAUUAAACAAAUUAAUUUCUAGUGUAGCUCGUUCCUUGUCCACUGUGGUAACCAUGCUGUAUGAGGUGUGGCAGACCAACCACUCAAACAAAUAGCAAAAUAAGCAAAUGACAGCAAUUGGAAUGUGAAGAAAAAUAACAUAAUCUCUCUCACUUCCUCCCAGCUCUUCUUGCACAUUAGAAGGGGCUCAGAAAUGCCCAGUUGUGCACUGCAGCGCUUUAACAGCACGACUGGGCAUUUCCAUUGGGUGGCCCUGGACCUUCACCGCUACCAUUUCUGGUUUAAUUUUUUUAAUAUUAAUUUAUAAUCUAUAAUAUGUAUAUGUAAAAGAACAGAUAAAAUUUGUAUCUUGUAAUGCCUAUUUUUUUAUUUUUUUGUACUAACAGAAUUUUUUAAUGACAGGCUUUCGGGAGAACCUCUUUAAAAAAUUCUGUUAGUCCAAUAAAAAAGGUAUUACAAGAUACAAAUUUUAUCUGUUUUUUUUACCUCUACAUCGCUGGACUAAUACGGCUACAAUCUAUACAUGCAUACAUAUAAUUAUUUAUAUAUAUUUUUCCCCCGCGUAGCCCACGAUGGCACUGAAUUGUACUCCUGGUUGGGAACCCCUGCUUUACGGGCUGGUAAUCAAACCUAGAGUGUAAAUGAAGAUGAGUUGAGCUUCAUGGACUAAAUUUAAUUCUGAAAGGCAUGUAAAAGUGUAAAAAAAUAAAAAUAAAAAAAAUGUUCAUGUCAAUAAUCUAGAAUUUUGUCUACAUUUGAUUUGAAUUUUUUUUUUGAUUUUUUUUUUUUUUUCUGCACAGUACCUUAAUUUAUUUAUUGCAAAAUGGCCACAAUAGAUAUGAGGUAAGGGUACUGCAGCACCAAAAAUUUAAAAAAAAAAACUAUUCCUUUUGUGCUGUUGGCACCCCCUCUGAAGCUCCAAGCAGGGUAACUACUAAUAAAAGUAAAAAAGAAACAAUGAGGGCAGCACUAUCCAUUGCAAAUGUUCACACCAAGUGCUACAUACAGAUUUAUUGAAGGACACAAAGUACAGACAUUUCAGCUUCUCCCCUUUCUCAAUGCAAGUCCUUUCUUUCUUUAUUGUAAAGAGAUGGGACCUCCUGUUCAUAUUACAUUACCUAUGGGGUUAUUUUUUAUUUUAUUUUUCUACAAGAACAUUAAAAACAUUCAAAUGACGAAUACCACUUGGACUUAAAUCAAACUUGAGAAUUUUCUAUUCACACUUUUCAGCACAUUUUCUUCAGUUUGUUCAAUAACUUUUUAAAUGGAAUCCUACCAAAUCCAAAAUCAAAGCCUAUUGCAUCCAGUUUAAUAGGUAGAUCCCUACUUUUACUCCUCUCUUUACAGAACUAUAUCUUUAUGUAUUUACAAGGUGUGUAGACUUUGCAUAAUUCAAUGCAAUGGUUUACUAUACUUUGGUAUUACUGAACAGUAUUGUUCAAAAUGUUCUCCUUUGAUACCUAUUCAAAUUAUUUCUCCACCAAAUAAUCCUCAGUUGCUGUUUUGAUGUAGUUUUGCUUUUGUCAAAGUGAAUAUACUAAGUCAACAUAGUCCCUUUUUAGCAUAUCUUUUGACUGCUUUUGAAGUUCACUGAAAUUCCAACACAGUCAAUGUGAGUAUUUCAUAAAGAGUUUAUCUUUAUGAAAUACUAAUUUUGGGGGGGAAACGGGAAGUGUAGCUGUUGCUUUAAACAUUUACAUCAUAUCAACUAUUCACUGCUGUAAACUAUACCAGAAAAAUUGCAUUGCAGUAUAACUGUCUGUUACUGGGCAUUGUAGCCCAAGUAGUCAUGUGUAUAAACACUCUGAUCCUGGAUCACUUAUUUACAUUAACUUUAUUCAUUUGCUUUACCUUCAAUCCUGUGCUAGCCAGAACACACUGUUAUUGAAAAGAUUGGUGGUAGUAAUUCAUGUCACAUAUUUUUGUUCUGCUUGACAAGGCUGUCUGAUGAAAUUGCCACUAAUUAUCUUUAGAUUCAAAUCUUUUCCAGUAAUGUUUGCUACCUUCUUUAAUUUAAAUAUUGCAUGAGCUCUUCCUCCUUAUUUUAAAGGAAUUAAGACCUUGCCUUUUUAUGCAAGACAAAUUAAUAAUGCAUGUUUCAUGUUUGCUUUUUUCCCCCCAAGCCAGCUCUGAAAUCAAAUUUGUAAGAUGAUUUCUAAUGUCAAAUAUAGAUAUAUUGCACCCAGUAAGUGCAAACCGCUUAAUGAUUCUUUUUGGCAAAAGGGCACUGCAAGCAGGGCCAGAUUAAGAGCCCAGUGGGCCUGGUGCUGACAAUUAUGAUGGGCCUAAUUACAAAAUCUUAUUGACCAAAAACACUAAAACAGUCCUACCUCCUAAGCGUCCUAUAUCUGAUGGAAAUGGUGCUGGAGGGAAACUCAUAGGAUGCAGUUAUGAGAACACAUACCCUAUGCUAAUCUCAUGCUUUCAUCUUUAAAGUAAUCUCAUACCCCCUAACAGCAGUGUCCAGUAAAGCAGGAAGUCUAUGGAUGGGGUAAAAGGGUGGGCCACUGACACAAAUCACAUAACCAGAACUGUCGAAAGGGGCGAACACACACAAGGGGCAUGUCUGUGUCCCUAUGUCUCCCAGUCCCAUAUUGUCUGUGUCCCAAUGUCUCCCAGUGUUCCCAUGUCACUAGGACACAGGGGGACACUGUGCGACAUUGGGACACUGUGAGACUGAGACAUGAGGGGGCACUGGGAGAUAUGGAGCACUGAGACACUGUGAUGCAUAGGGGACACUGAUAUAUAGGGGAUACUGGAUACUUGGUUUUGACCUGGGUACAGGUCAAAACGUUGCGGUGUCCAAUAAACCUGCUUAAAUCUAUCACAGUGAGUGCCUGAGAUUUUCUCUUUUAUACUAGGGGGCACUGAGACACUUGGGGCACUGUGAGACAUGGGGACACUGAGACACUAAGGGACACUGAGACACAUGGGGCACUGAUACACUCCGAUAUAUAAGGGACACUGUGAUACAUAGGGGACACUGGAGACUUGAUAAAGACCUCGGUACAUGUUGAAACAUUGUGGUGUCAAACUUGCUUAAAUCUAUCACAGUGAGUGCCUGAGAUUUUUUCUUUUUAUAGUAGGGGACACUGAGACACAUUGGGACAAAGAGACUAGGGGACUUUAGGAGACUAGGAAACACUCAGACACUAUGGACACUGAGACACCAGGGACACUGGGAGACAUGGGAAUACUGAGACACUAGGGACACUGGCUGGGAGACAUGGGGACACUGGGAGGGUCCCAGGUCUCAAAGUUGCCCAGUGUCCCCAUAUCUCCCUGUGUCUCCAAGUCUCUGUGUCCCCUAGUGUCUGUGUCCCCAUGUCACCCAGUGUCCCAAUGUCUCAGCGUCCCCAAGUCUCUCACCGUCCCCAUGUGAGUAGUGAGAGGCAGGGAGGUAGAUGCUGUAACUCCUUAUCCCUUCCUCUCUCCACACAAACAGCGACCCCUACUGGCCAGCGCUGGUAUUGCAGAAUAAUCUGUUUAUACUCAGACAGACAUUUGUAUUGCCGGUAUUACUGCAAUACCGGCACUGGCUAGGGAGCCUAAAAUACUUGAGAAAUACUUCUGAGAAAUAACUAGCAACGAUAAGAAAUACAUGGCAACAAUAAGAGUAGUGUGUAAAAACUUUUUUUUAAAAAAAUUUAAAAAAAAUUUUUUUUUUUUUUUUUAAAUCAAUGGGCCUGGGCCUGGAUCUGCAGCUCCAUCAGCCCCUAUGUUAAUCCGGUCCUGACUGCAAGGACCAUAACUAGCCCCAGAAAUUGUGAAGCUGUGCUUGGAUUGAUGCGUGGCCUUAGUGAUUUGACUCCACUAAAUUUUAUGAGUGCAAAAUGCACACCAUUACAGUGAUGUAUGGUCUCCACAGAUGUGUAAUGAUCAUUCUUAUGUCAGAUUUUUGUAAUCCUUCUGUUCCAAUUCAGAUUGGAGCACAUAGUAUCACAUCCUGGCUGUGCUACUGCUCAGCACAACCUAAAGUCUAACCCUACCGCAAACCCUUAGGAUAGGGUUUAGGAGCAAUGUUUAAUGGCAUGGUCAGGAUAAGAUAACACGGAGUAUCUCGCUAACAUAAAGACCUGAGUUAUUCUCUAACCUCAACCGUAAGGCCUUCUCGAUCAUAACCCUUUUUUAGCAUUUGAAUGUAGUACAGUUUGAAACUGGCAAUGGGCUUUUCCAAAAAUAUAGGACCGUAGCGAACAAAUAAAAAUGUAGGAAUCUAUAGUUAUGGUAAGUUGAUGUUUUCAAGAGAUAUAGAUGGUAAGAGAUGUCAAAAUGUAUCUCCAAAUGAAUAAUACUCAUAGUAAUGUGUCAUUCAACUACAAUAAAUGUUUUACAAAUCAGUCUGUGUAAGAUACAUUGUUCUUGUUGCAUAAAAUAUUAGUAAAUCAGCCAACAUUUCUCAGAACAGCCCUGGCCAUGUCCCACUAACACUGCUAAAUUUAAAGUUGUCCAUUUGAAAGUGUGAUACUGCACUACUGAAAAAGCAUUUACUGUAAUGAACGUACCGUCCCUUCUCUGGAAGUAACUGUUUUUCUACAAAUCUAAACCGUUAUCCAUUAACUUUCAGAAAGCCCCUUCACUGAUUUCAAUAACUACUAGGGAUCGACUUUUUAUCGGUCUGGCUGAUUUUAUCGGCUGAUAUUCAGCUUUAUGUCAAAUAUUGGUAUCGGCCUAUAAUGAUACAGAUAUUGCUGAUAAUGUGCUGGGCAGAGGCCCAGCGCACACUAUCUUCGGCUCCUCUUUCCAACUUAUGAGCCCAAGGCCAUCAAAGUUUUGCCUCGGGUACCACGGCAACGCUUCAUGCAGCAUACCCGACUUGUGAGAAUUGGAGGGAGAACCUGCCUUAAAGUUGGGUCCUGGCCGCUCCCUCUACAAACUGAAACCCCCUGGCAGCCUGCACAAAAUCACAGGACCACCAGGAAGUGUAAUGCCCCUCUCCCUGGUCACAGAUAAAAAGCAGGGAGGGGAGAAGAAUAUCGGUACCGGUUAUCACCUGAAAGGUCACAUUCUAUUGCUUUUGAUUAUCGCCCUAAUAAAUCAAUAUUGGUUGAUCCCUAUUGCUAGAGAAAACUAGUAUUUUGAUUAUUGAAUGUUAAGUUUUUUGUUUGUUUAUGAAACCAAUAUGUAAAGAUAUUUAAACUUGGUGCAAUCUCUUUAUUUUACAGCUGCUUUUCUAACCCAGACCGUUUGCCUUGAUGAUACAACAGUUAAAUUUGAAAUCUGGGAUACAGCUGGUCAAGAAAGAUACCACAGUUUAGCUCCAAUGUACUAUCGGGGAGCCCAAGCUGCAAUAGUUGUAUAUGACAUUACAAAUGAGGUGAGUGGUUUUAACUAGAGGGUGGAAUUUGAAUAAUAGGGUGGUGUUUGACUAAUAGAAACUAAAUGAAAAUGUUCUUGUUUUUAAGAUAAAGCAUUUUUGGUUAAUGCUAUGUCAACAUGGUUUGGGUUUUGUUUUUGCUAUAAUUUUAAUAAUUGCAAUAAAAAAUAAUUGGGUGGAACUAAAAAUCUAAAUUUUUAUAAUAUAGUGCAUUUUUUUGUUGUUAGGAAGUGCUAAUAUCACAAUGUUAAAUGGUUCAGUGACCAUAGUAGCACAUUUUAAUAUAAGUUUCAAGAAGACCCUGGUACAAAAAGUUCAGUGUUUCAUAAAUUCCAGUUGCUGCUCUUAAUCCAAAAAGGCAAAAAAAAGUGAUAGUAUUUUUUCUUGUUGACUCUACAAUGGUAAUUUCGCUGUGUUUGUUCCCAUUUUUACAUUAGAUUCAGGAUCCCUACUAUAAAAAGUUAGUGUUUAUUGCUUCUUCUAGAGAACUCUGCCACUCUGGUGUUGUGCAUGAUGACACAGAAUGUAAACCUUUUCGAAAAAGGAGGAGGAAGUGCCUCUAGUGCAGGGGUUCUCAACCCAGUCCUCAAGAACCCCCUACCAGUCCAGCAUUUAGGGAUUACCUGGGUGUGUCUAAGGUGUUUAGAAAAAAGAAAAAAAAAAAAACCUUAGACACACACAGGUAAUCCCUAAAUCCUGGACUGGUAGGGGGUCCUUGAGGACUGGGUUGAGAACCCCUGCUCUAGUGGCUUUCAGGCAUGUUCGUUGACAAAUAUAAAUGUUGUUGUUGUUGUUUCUUAAAAACGGCAAUGUUUAACAUUAUCUGAGUAAAGAGACCGUAUCCUUGAACCAAAACCAGCCAUUACGUUAAAAGUACACUAUAGUCACCAAAAUAACUUAAGCUUAAUUAAGCAGUUUUGUUGUAUGAAUACAUGCCCCUUCAGUCUCCCUGCUCAGUUCUCUGCCCUUUUAGAGUUAAAUCACUCCCCUGGCUGUGACUCCCACAGCCUGCAUGAAAAAAUUGUUUCAUUUCAAUCAGAUGUUACUUACUUUAGACGUUUUUUUUUUUAUUUUUUUUAAUAAUCUCCUGCUCUGAAAAUUGAACUUUCAUCACACAUAGGAGGCUCCUGUAUGGUCUAGCAAGCGAUUAACAGAGCAGGGGAUAAGACAUUAUAAAUUAAACAUAAUCUGCAAUAAAGAAAGUGUAAGCAUUCGAUUUAGGAAAGUGAUUUAACUCUUAAAUGGCAGAGAAUAGAGCGGCGCGACUGCAGGUGCAGGAUUUAUACAUCAAAACUGCUUCACUGAGCUAAAGUUGUUUUGGUGACUAUAGUGUCCCUUUAACCCCUUAAGGACACGUGACAUGUCAUGAUUCCCUUUUAUUCCAGAAGUUUGGUCCUUAAGGGGUUAAGAUAGUGUUUUUGACAGUGUAUUUCUAAUGAGUCUGUUAAGUAUGUAUGCAGUUUCAUGUUUCAGGACUAACCAUAAUAUAUGAAGUCACAAUAGCAUAUGUUUCUACCUAAUAUAUGCUGCUUCAAACCAGUUCACGUUUACCUGCUGAACCAGUUUAUUUGUAAAACAGAUUACACAAUGGAUUGUUUCUUGUGUUUUAUUACCAAAAGGACAAUACCAUCAAAUUAAUCCUUGAUUAUGUUCCAUUAUUGAAUUUAACUACAUACUUGUGAAAAGCAAAAUUAAAAAAUUUAAGGAAAUUAGAUGUUUGGCUAGUUGAUGAUUUUUUUUUUUUUUUUGUAUUCAUUCAUUGGAAUUGAAAAUGCAAUGAUCACCCAAUCGCAACUUAAGUUACUGUAAAAUAUCAUAACUACUCACACAAGUUAACAGAAACUGCUCAGCUCUGUCUAGUGUUAUGGGCAAGUAGCUUCAUUCAUGUGAUUUGCGAAUGGGACUAUUUGUGUUAUAAGAUGGCCGCACAUAUACUUAAAGGACAACUGCAACCGCAAAAAUUAUUUUAUUUAAUUUUUAAAUAUAAUCCUUUCAUCAAGUAGUGAAAGGAAUUUUAUUUUUAUUUUUUUAAAGACAAUCCUAUAGCAUUAUACAUGCACCUUUGGUCAGACAGUAUUUUGAAAAAAAAUGUAUAUGGUGUUCUAUGUUUUACUCCCUGCACAGAAGCAAGAACACCAUAGAUUUUUUUUUAGAGACUGUCAGACCAAAUGGACAUGUAUAUGACUGAAGAAUCCUGUCCUAUAACAAAGGUAGGAAUGGGUUUUUCCUCAUUUUAUUUGCCUAUAAUUCAUAUAUAAAAAUGUCCUUUCUAUAUUUGAUGAAAGUACUAUUAUAUUUAAAUUAAAAAGUAUUUUUGAGGGGGAUCGUUGUCCUUUAAAUCUCUGCAAGGAAUCAAAGACACACAGGUUUUAGAGGAAGUGUUAAUUGUUUGCUAAAUAGACAUCUGCACCUAAAAGCAGUUGCUGACUAACACAUGUGAACUUUGACUAUAGAUCAGCAAUUUUUAGGAAAAUUUCUUAUUCUGAACAUUUAACUAUAAUGCCAGAAAUACAAAAAAUAAAAUCCACAAAUAUAGUUGCAUGUAUUUGUGAAGGACCGCCUGGAAACCCGACCAAGUACCUUAGCCAAUCGCUGCUUCCUAGUACUUGCAAGCACCAUGAGCACUGCACUGGAACACCACAAAAUGCCGAGCUUGGUUGGGGUCUCGCUGUCCUCCACCCACCCUGGACCCAAGACCAGAAUCCAGCUUCCAGUGGGUAGACCUCUCCUAGUCCAGAGAGCGAAGCAGGCUGCUCUUAUUAGAGCAAGUGUUGUGAUCCAAGGGAGUAUAGUGAUUAUAGCAAUCCCCAAAGUGUGAAUAUAGCUCUCCAAUCCCCCAAACAUGAGCCUAGACUUCAUGAAGGGUAAAACGAAUCUUGUUUAAUGGUAGCCACAACUGGCCUUUUAUGACCGUCCUCAUGCAAGACACACUCCCCCUGGACCUGAGUAAACCACAGUAGAAAUAAAUACACAGUUACAUUGGCUCUCAGGUCCAGGACACUCCCGUACAAAAUAGGUCAAUCCCUCCCCUAUUCCUGGUAGAUAAUUGAGUCAAGCAUUAUGCUAAACUCAAUUCUCCAAACACCCCAAAAGUACCUUAAAACACACAAAAUCCCCACAAAAGUUAAAUACCUUGAUAGCCCCGAUCUAGAUGAACAUACCCAAAAAUCACCCAAAUUGGUUCAGGAAUAUCCUGGAAGUCAUAAUUUUGACCAAAACAGUUCCAUAGAAUCGUGGCUAAGUGCUGCUGGGGGACAGACUGGGAACCGCGAAGUUUUCAUGCCGAAAAUAGUUCCAGGGCAUUCGCUGCUAAGUCCCCCUGAAGUCUCUUUGCGGUUUUGGUCCAUGCGUACGGCUGCCAGUGAGCUAGCGUUCGGUUCUGUGAAAAGUGCCGAACCAGGGGGAAUAAAAUAUGGGUCUUUAGAGUCGCUGACCUGGCCCAUAGUCUUUUGGCAGGAGGCUGGCAAGUAAGCCCCUCCAAGAACUCGUGAUGAGGCUCAGUUCGUCACAGUAUUGAAAAAGGAAUAUUAUUUCAACACGUGGUAUUGCCAUUUAUUUUGAGAGAACUUAUUUUAUGUAUAUUCUUCUUUGAUGCAGAUUAGUACAUUCUAUACUUAACAUUCAGUAAAAGCUGUAAUGAUAUGAAACUGAAAAAAUACAUUUUACAUAUAGAUGCUUUUUGGAUAAAACUGACUACAAUUAGUUUAUUUUGUCUUUGAUCAUGUAUUCAACCUUGUAGUACCCACACUAUUGUGUGUGUGUGUGUGUGUGUAUAUAUGUGUGUAUGUAUGUAUGUAUGUAUAUAUAUGUAUAUAUGUGUAUAUAUAUAUAUAUAUAUAUAUAUAUACUGUGAUGUUAAAAACCUCAAACUCAUUGAAACAAAAUAAUAAUGUUUUUACAAAGGAAAUGUAAUGUUCUUUCCCGUUCUAAAAUAUGUAUUAGAUAUAUAUAUUUAGUCUUGAAGAUAUUAAACUGCUACCAAUGUGAUUUAAUCACAGGAAUCAUUUGCAAGAGCAAAGAACUGGGUGAAAGAGCUUCAGAGACAAGCAAGUCCAAACAUUGUCAUAGCUUUAUCGGGUAACAAGGCAGAUCUGGCUUCCAAGCGUGCUGUGGAUUUUCAAGUAAGUUAUUUAGUUGUUUUGUUUCCCUUUUAAAACAAGAAAGAAAUAUAAAUUAUGCUCUUUAACUUGUAUUUUAAGACCACACACAUUCUUUGUAUUUUAGUUCAUGAUCUAUUGCCUAUUAUUAGGAAGUUCAUUGUUUUACCAAGCUUUGCAAGGUAAAGGUCACUAAAACAGUUGAGUACAUCUAAUGUCAAAUAUCCUAUUAAGGAAAUUUAAUUUUCUAAAAUGGCAACAUGAGAAUACAACUUUAAACAGAUUAUAAGCACCAUAAGCAAUCCGAUUUAGUGUACUGGCAACAUUAUUGUUAUGGCUGAAUUUAGCCAUUACUGCUCUACCUACAAGAAUUGUUAAAUUAAAAAUCGAUGUAAAUUUAAUGUUUAUUGAUACUAUAGAUCAGGGGUUCACAAUUAUUUAUUCCCAUGGAACCCUUUUGACAUAAUGUAUCAACAUCAUGAACUCCCCUCCUGGUACAAAAGACGGUGCAGUUUAUUUAAAAAAAUAAAUAAAAUUGUGUGCGUGUGUGUAUAUGUAUCUAACACACACACACACACAAACUCACAGAUACACCUUCACACACACUGUGUGUAUAUAUGUGCCAGUGUGUGUAUCUGACACACAACCACACUGGCACAUAUAGUGGCAAACAGAUACACACAGUGACAUACACACACUCAUGCACCCACAGAUACACACACACUGGCACAUACAUACUCAGAUACACUCACACACAGGCACAUACAAACACGCUGAUAUACACUGGCAUAUACAUACACACAUACUGACAGAUACACACAGUGACACAUACACAAACUUUGACACACAGAUGCACACACUAAGGUACACAUACUCUUUGACAAGUACACUCUCACUGACUAACACAUAAACACUUUGACAAUUUUUCACAUUGUGCUCAAUUUUAUUUUAAAUGUACAUUAAAGAUUUAGCAGUGAAUAUUGCAAUCGAAGGCACAUAUUGAAUUUAAAGGAACACAUGUAUUACAGAUAACAAACAUGGAUUUCUGACAUUAUAGUGCCUGUUUAGGUCCCCGGUCCCCAUUAUACAGGAAGCACCUCUAGUUGCCGUCUGAGUGACUUCCACUAGAGGUGUUACUAGGCAGCAAUGUAAACACUGCCUUUUAACUUGCCCUCUGAAAAGGCAGCCUUUACAUUGAAAAGCCUGCAGGGAUCUCCUUUAAAAGCCAAAACUACUACAUUUAGCUGUAGUGGUUCUUGUGACUAUAGUGUCCCUUUAAAGGGGUGGGGGGAGCAUUGCCUUUUGUUUCUCCUUCUCGCUUUGCUAACGGGGACAAAGUAACAUUUAUAAAAAAGACUGACCGUCGGCAACUAUCAAUUCCAAAAAAAAGAUUAGAACAGUGGUGGGAAUUUAAAGGCACAUUUAAUCGAAUAACCUCUUCUAGAGUCGUAUAAUAAAAGAUGUGGUAGAUAAUAUUUUACUGGUUUCCUAAAUAUGAAUCGAAGUUUAAUUACAAAUAAACAAUGUAGGUUUUUAUAAAAGAAAAUGUUAUGGAUUGCAUAAGUUAUACUGUAUACUAAAUAAGAUUUGUCUACGCACUUCUUUUGUGAAAAGAAUAUAAAUAUUACUCAGCGUGUCAUAAGUAAACAUAUUGCAACUUUACAGGAAGCCCAGGCUUAUGCUGAUGAUAACAGUUUGUUGUUCAUGGAGACGUCUGCUAAGACAUCUGUGAAUGUGAAUGAAAUAUUCAUGGCAAUAGGUACGUCUAAAUAUGAAUAGAGAUCUGUGUUAACUACUCGAGCUAUAUAUACACUCACAAUGUAACAAUGGGCUAUGUAGUUAUGGAAAGUAAUGCUUUUGAAUAGGCUCUGUAAAUAUGUGCUUAAACAUGAUAUUGAGGAUGAUCCACCAAGAAGAAAAAUUUCUGGAAGUUUUUUUUUUUUUAUAUAUAUAUAUUUGUAACUAUUUUAAAGGGACACCCCUAAAGCAUUACAGCUUGCUGAAAUGCUUUAUAUGUGAAGAUUGUGUCCUAAUUUCCCACUUUGUAAAAAUUGGUACUUUUACAAAUUAACUUUAAUUCAACUGUAUAUCAGGCAACCGAUCCAGUUACUUCCUAGUUUGGUUAGCUCAGUGGAGCUAAACUCCAGAGGCUGGCAAUUGCUCAGAGCAUCUGGCUUGCAAAGACUUUUCAUUGAGUUGCAUUGAGAAGCCUGUGAUUGGAAAGUCUGGGCAAAGUUAGAAGGGAAGGAAUUGCAAAAUCUGCAACAAAAGAACUUUUGCAAGCCAUUUCAGAUAUACCCUUAAUGAAAAAGUGCAUGAUUAAAUGCACGCAUGUUUUCAUUUGGUGCAUAUCUACUUUGCAAUGCAAAAUGCUUAUGGUAUUUAAUCUAGCCAUUUAAAUUAACUCUCUAAACAUCUAAAGUGCUUUAGCUUGCUUAAGUGCUUUAAGUAUGAAGUGUCAUUUUUUUCAUUUUGCAAUAAGUGCAGAUUUCAAUAGACAUUAGCACUUUAAUAAAUUAACACUGUUACGCCUCCUGGCUGUCAAUCAAGCAACCAGUCAUGUUAGUUCUUGGGUUUUAUAGUUCAGUGAAGCAAAACUCAAGAGGCCGGAAGUUGCCCAAAGCACCUGCCUUUCAAAGACUUAUCAUUGAGCUGCAAUGGGAAGGCUAUGAUUGGACAGUCACAAGAGAGCUAUGUGUUUUGGACAGGUUUCUUUAAUACUAGUUCUGUACACACAGACACAAACACAACUGUGAGGCAGACAAUAUUAGAUCUGCAACUACUGCAAGCCCCACUCAGCUUCCUCGGCAUACAUUUUCCCCCUUGGGCUUAAGAAUGCCGUAUUGAUAAGCCUUGCCAACCAGCUUCUCAUGUGCAUGGCUAUCCAGUCGCAGACUUCACUGAGCUGUAUUACAGCUCAUUGAAUGCUCUGGGCAAGCUUCACCACUUUGGUUUUGUACCAGGGAGCUAAGCUAACAAGGAACACCUCCCAGCUGGAUAAAAGGAAACCUAUGUAAACGGAAAUAUAAAAGUGCCAAUUUCUAUUCAAAGAAAAGGAGGCACACUCUUCAAAAGCUUAAGUGCCUUAUGGGUUUGAAGUGUUUGAAAUAUCUUGGCAAAGAAACUAGUUUCCCCUGAUUUCCAACUCCCUCCUUUGCUUCACAAUAUUUUUUGUGUUUGCAUGCUAUGCUUUAGUUUUUGCUUAUGCAAUCUCAUUUCAUGAAGUGACAAUAAACUCACUUGCAUUUUUGUGACCGCAUUGGCACUUCAUAAAUUGGGAUUUAUUGAGGUUAAGCCGUUUAAUACCAGCUGCAUUAACUCUUACAUGUGGAUAAUCUUACAGAAUUAAGCAUAUAUUUAAGUUUUUGUUGUCUGAUUUUAUUCUUGUUUAUUUAAAGCUAAAAAAUUGCCCAAGACGGAACCACACACUGGAGGAGGGAACACCACCAGAGGAAGAGGAGUAGAUCUUACUGAAGCUGCACAACCUAGCAAAAGUCAAUGCUGUAGUAAAUAACUAAGCCCUUAUGUACUUUACACUGUAUUGAUAUUCUUUUGCUUCCUAAUUGUUCAUAACAAUUGAGUGUUUAACCUUUUCUUGGCCUUAGAGCCAGCCCUUCAGCGCAAUGCGUUGCAAGUCCCCCUGGCAGUAAAUAUUUUUUUCUUGGCCCAGUGAAAUAUAAAGUAAAAAAACAAAAAAGAGUUGCUAUGUGGUAUAAUUUCUAAUACUGAAUUAUUUUACUGCCGAAUCUGGUUUUUAACAUGCAUGCAUUACUUUCUGAAAGAAGUUCAGUUGUCGUAGUGUGAAAGAAUAUACUGAUCAAUUAAAACCAAAUCCUUAAACUGGUAAAAAAUAAAUAAUAAUAAUUUUUAGCAAUAUUUAGCGUAGCUGAAUAUGUGACCUCAUGAAGUCUCUAUUUUUAACCAGUCAACCAUCAAGGGGUGAACAUCUCAUAGAACAGUAAUAUUUUUUUACCCCUUAAAUUUUUCUUCCAGUAGCAAACCCAGUCAAACCAUGGCAUUUUGGGAAACGGUAAAUAUUGAUCCUAAGUGGAAUACUUUUAAAUGGUUUUGUUCUAAAUCACUAUUAAUAAUGCUAUUUGAAGCAGGGUAUGAAAACUUCUUCUUUGCAGUAUUUGUUCAAAAUAUCCCUUUAUACAGCACAACCCAAACAUACAUUCCACUUUAUUUAUAAGUUUUCAGCCUUUAAUCGUUUGGUUCCUUUCUUUAAAAAAAAGUAAAAUAUGAUCUCCUUGUAGAUUUUUCUUCUUUCUCAUUGAAUUCCUUAUUUCUUUCUAACAUUUGAAAAAAAACAUAUAAAAAUCAUGUUUAAAUCCCAUGAAAGAUUUUCAAGGUAAUUCAUUGGAGAUGUAAUUUUCUUUCAUUGGUACACAGCACUCUUUAGUUUCUGUUUUAUAAUUCUGCUCUUCUGGGUGGUGUUGUUUUUUUUCUCAUCAUUGCUAAAUAAAAUUCUAAUAUAUCCAAUGUUUUAACAAUCAUGUACUCCAUUUAGUUAUCAUAAAAAUCAGAUAGUAAAUUGUAUUGUAAAUAGGGUACUGAAUUGUAGUCUUCACUUAUGUUUAAUAUGUUCUGUUACUUGUAAGAUUUUGGUUAAAAAUGUACAGUUACUAAAAAAUUAUGAAAUAAAAAGCUAACGUUUUUUCCUCUUUCCCGAUUUGCUCUUACACUGCUAACUGCAUCUCAUUUAACACUGUAACAUUUUAUUUCCUGUAUGUAUUAAAGGUGAACAUUUGAGCAUUGGGUUUAAAUGUGUGUAAAAACUGUAUAAUCCUUUUGAGAACUGAAAGAAAAUUUUAGCAGGCAUUAAACUAAUCAUAAAGCUUUGAUUCAAUAUCAAGUUUCUUGCUCAUGGAAUAUUUUUAAGUAAUAAUAAAAUUCUUUUACGAGUUUGCUGUGGGUGAUGCUUAUUUACUGAACUCCUGUGAUUGAAAACCCAAAGAUCAAAUGUUAUUAAUUAUCAAGCACUAUUGGUUUUCAUGAGGGGAUAACUGAAGCCGCCUUAGUGGGUUUUUAUUUUUGUUUAUUUUUCCCCCUUGUUUUGUACUUUGUUUUCCGUGGUUCCUUAUAUUGUACCUAUAUCCCAUAUACACUAGAAAACAUGUUUCAUGUAUAUACCACACAUAUUAGAAGUACUAAAUGUCUAGGAGUCUGUGCAUUUUAUGCUAAACACUGCUGUUCCCCAUCUCGUAAAAGUAGCAAUCUUAAAUUGCAGAAGUGUGUAUUUCUUCAAUUUUAAACUAGUGGCUUAAUAGGCUGUGUACAGUACUGCGUACAGUGUUGUCUCCAAUACUGUUUUGGGGAGAAGUAUGGUGUCACCUCCCCAAAGCAAGAUAAGCACAACUUUAAAUCUGUACAAUUUUAAAUGUUGUCCAUUAAAAAUUCUUUAAAUGUAUAUUGAAACACCUUGUAAAUGUGCAAUAUUUAUGCAUUUACAAAGAAAUUGUCUUGGUACUGAGCCAGGAUUUUAUUUUUUACAUUUCAGUUAAAGCUUGAAUAAAAUGCUAUAAAAUGCUUAUAUGUUUAGCUUUUUAUUUUUGAGCAUGAUAGUAUUCCAGCGAAACUAAUUGCCUGGUAGCACUCCUUUUACUUCACACAUGUUAUCACAUCCAGGUAAGAGUAUAAGAGAAACUGUAAUGUUUUGCUGUGAUCCUGCAAGGAUUGCAGUCUUUACUAACUCUUUACACGCAUGUUCUGCAGCAUUGCUAUACGUUGUUUUUAAAUCUGGGUUAUCGUGGCAUAAAUAGUCAGAAAAUAAUUCUUGGGAUGUGGGUGAUAUCAAUGCGUCCGUUUCUCCAACAGCAUCUUCAUAAAUUUCAGGUGCUACUAGAUUUGGGACAUGAAUAUGUUUGCUGUUGUCUACCUUUAAAGCAUUGUUUUCUACAUUUUGACUAUUGAGAUCUUCAGGUAUAUUAUUAUUAGUACACUGUAUAAAAGAUCUAAAUGUCUCCAAAACUACUGCAACAGCUUCACUUUCUCUCAAUACAUCCCACAAACCACUAGAUGCAAGAAGAAUGAAUUGGCAUGAAUCAUAUAUAGGGAUAGAGAUGGUGUAAGGUGCAGGGAUUAUGGAUUUCUUCAGUUUGGAGUCUCCAUGGAAACCUAGCCCUCUUGUAAAUUUGCAGAAUCCUUCAACAAGCCCAUGAUCUUCAUUAGAACUGAUAGAUCCUCCAGCCUCUAUCACUCUGUUCCUUUCUUGUGAACUAGAUGUGCUGUGUUCUUGUGUAAGGCAGUAGCUUUUCCCGCUUCUGCACAAAACUGCUUUAAUAUUACCUGUAAAGUAAUUAAACCACAUUUUUCGUGAUGCAAUCUGUGUACUAAUCUCAACCUCUC